CAAACGUCAGGACCUUUCAACUUCCAGUCUCAUUAAAGGUGCCAAAACUCGCAAACGUUGUUCUAUCGAAGUGUUUUUAGAAUUUAACGCUAUCUGGUGACGUAACUGUAAGAUAAAGUUAAAUGUUAGCAGAAGACAAACGAGCUUACAUGCUUUUCCCAAAGUAGUGCAGUUAAUCGUCGAAAAAAUGGAUUUUUGUGCCGUUUUGUUAGUGGUUACGUUGUGCAAAGUGUCCAUGUCAGCUACGCCGAAACUACAUAUUCUAGAACCAGUGCAGACUACCACACAGCUUCCAACAUACUUAGCACAAAUGGGCAAAGGACUGACCUCAAUACCAAAAGGAGGACCAACAGUCAGAUCAGUUAACUACGGUUACAACAACAUCUUCAACUUAUCUGCUAAUGUCUUCUCAUACAAUGGAUUCGCCGUAUUGGAUAGAAUACAGCUGAGCCAUAACCAGAUUACAAUAAUACACCAAAAAGCCUUUCGACAUCUGAAUUAUCUGAAGGUUGUUGAUUUGUCUGGAAACAAUUUGACGAUACUGGAUGUAAAUACUUUUAAAACUAAUGUUAAUUUAGAAAAACUAGAUUUAACGACUAAUAAGAUACGUUUUAGGAAUAGGCCCUUUUUGAAGUCAGCUUCUUUAACAACUUUAAUUUUAAGCGAUAAUAGAAUAGAGCAAAUAUUCGAGCUCAAUUUUACUAAACUACCAAAACUAAGAAACCUAGUCCUUAAUUCUAACGUCAUGUUUGUAAUAGCUGAUCACAGCUUUCAACAUUUAACGAAUCUAGUCUACCUCUCCCUAGCCAACUCCGGGGUUUAUAGACUAAGUGAUGAAAUGUUUAAAAACGGGAGUUACCCGAAAAUUAUAGACGUUACUGAUACCCCUCUGGCUAGUAAAUUCAACCCACCUUUGAGGAAGGUUAAGAACGAAGGUGUGGUAGAUCUUAUUAACAUAGAUAAAUACUCCUACUAUUAAUUCUCCUCGUAUAAGUCUUCAUAUUGAAGACGAUUGGUACUAUAAAUUUUGAAGACAAUGUGGUAUCAUUGUCACAGACUGAAUUUUUUAGUUGUGACCUCAAAUGAAGUAUUAUUUCUAUGUUCUUGGCACAAUCUGAGGUAGAGGUGGACGAGAUAACGUGAGCAUGCUGUGUUGCUGAAUGUGAUGAUAUAUUUAUACGAAUAUUGUGAAGGUGUAACGUGAGAAUGUAUGAUCAAAUUAUAUUAACUAUGUUGUAUAAAAGUACUGCAUUUGCAAAAUAUCGUAAUAGAAAUUAAACUGACGGUGACGGUUCGACUCAUUUACUCUUUUAUUUAGUGGUUAUACAAUUGCUUCAUUACAUUCUAUAAAAUACAGAUUAGACAAUUUCUUCAUAACAACAACCGUUCUUUAUAUAAAUAUCUAUUUAAUAAUAUUCGAGAAUUCGAUAUAAAUCAGGUAAAUAAUCGAAAAGUACAGAAGAAACUAAUUUCUUCAAACCUUUAUUUACUGAAGAUUAUUUGGUAAUAUCAUUUACUAUUUUUACUCUUGAUUCUGUCUUAUUGAAUGGAUUUUAUAGAGCUGUAAUGAGAGUGUGAUUUAUGUUUGUAGUCCAGAGAAAUAAGAUUUUUCUCGUGACACAUCCCCCUCCAGGCCGAAACCAAAUUUUUUAAGUAGUAUGGACAUCUAUAUAAUGGUAGGGGAGCCCAAGCGGGGAUUUUUGCAGUUACUCGAGCGCGUCAGAUUAUAAUAUGGGAGAAACCUGGUACCCUGCAGAUGUACCUAUACGAUAUAUUGGCUCUUAACAAAGGGAGUUCGUUAAGGGGGGCCCGAAGAAAAAAAUCUAUCUUUAAAAAAACUCGAAAUUGUCAGAUUAAGAUAAGGAACAUUAAGUACAUGCAAAAGAGUGUAUAUUUCAAAAAUCUUACGAUUUGAGCCGGGCGUAAAGAAAUGGGUAAGUCCCAAAAUUUUACAAGAAAAAAGCGAUUAUUUCGCGAAAUGAAUGACAGAUCGAAAAACUAAAAAUUAUGUGCUCAAUAUUUUUUUAAAAUCUAUCGAAUGCAACCAAACACAACUGCCCACGGCGAGGAGUGGGGGUAAAUUUAAUAUUUUAAAUAUGAAUCCCGCGAUAUUUCGCGUAAUGAACAUCACAUCGAAAAACUGUAAAAUACACUUAUUCAAUAUUUUUGAGAAAUCUAUCGAAUGACACUAAACACGAUCCCCACGGAGGUGGGGUAGGGGGUUACUUUAAAAUCUUAAAUAGGAGUCCCCAUUUUUUAUUGCAGAUUUGGAUUUAUUACGUAAAAAUAAGUAACUUUUAUUCGAAACAUUUUUUCGAAUUAUGGAUAGAUGGCGUUAUAAUCGGAAAAAACGAUUGUUGGAAAUGGAAAAUUAAAUUUAAAAAUGGCAAGCGCCCACUAAAAUGAAAAACUUUACUUAACUUUUUUUGGUUUUAGGACCUACUCUUCACAACCCAAUAAGUCCCCAUAACGUUCGAGUGACUGCACAUUUAGCAUACGUUGCUCCCCUACCAUAAUCUAUGUUUCCUGCAGCCGAUUUUGAUGAUAUACAUAGUUAUAAACAAAUGAAGAUCAAAA